AUGUUUAUGCUUAUGAUUGACAUUUCUUUAGCUGCUGUAGUCUUAACAUCAAAUAUAAGCGCAGAGGGCGGCAGCGUUGGACGACGAGUAUUAGCCUCGCGCCACAGUGUAUCUACUGCUAAUUCUAUAGAAUCGAACGAGACGUCUGCUUGUCGAAUCGACGUUGGUGAAGAUUCGCCUGCUAAGAAGAAAGAAAUUCUUCAGUUUACAGAUGAACACAAUCUUCUCUGGCCUAUAAAACUACGUGCUGAUUGUCUCUAUGUUGCACUUCCGCAACAAUUAGGUGAAGGUUCCAAAGAAAAAUUUGUUAGUCUUCUGGAAUUUGCUGAUGAUAUUUUGAAGUGUAAAAAUCUGAUUGUUUAUUUUGAUAAGACACGUUCCGAUCGCGCAUCUUUGGUCAAAACAUUCAUGUUUCUUGGUUUCCAUCCUUUAGCCCCAAACAAUCCUCUUACAUCAUCAAUCGAUUCCCGCUCGAACCAAUUAUUUCUAAUUUACAGUAUUGAUGGUGAUGGAUAA